CGUGCAGCAGCCCCGCACCGCAGGCAGCCGCCGCCGCCGCCCCGGGACUCGGCGCCAUGGCUUCUGGAGUAACAGUGAAUGAUGAAGUCAUAAAGGUUUUUAAUGACAUGAAAGUAAGGAAAUCUUCAACCCCGGAAGAGAUUAAAAAAAGAAAGAAAGCAGUUCUCUUCUGCUUAAGUGAUGACAAGAAACAGAUAAUUGUGGAGGAGUCAAAGCAGAUACUGGUUGGUGACAUUGGAGAUACUGUGGAGGACCCCUAUACAGCCUUUGUGAAGUUGCUACCUUUGAAUGAUUGCCGAUAUGCUUUGUAUGAUGCCACAUAUGAGACAAAGGAAUCUAAGAAAGAAGACCUGGUAUUUAUAUUCUGGGCUCCUGAGAGUGCACCGUUAAAAAGCAAGAUGAUCUACGCAAGCUCUAAAGAUGCCAUUAAAAAGAAAUUUACAGGUAUUAAACAUGAGUGGCAAGUAAAUGGUUUGGAUGAUAUUAAGGACCGUUCAACACUCGGAGAGAAAUUGGGAGGCAACGUGGUAGUUUCACUUGAAGGAAAACCCUUAUAAAAAGACAGACAAGUGCCAUCUGGAUCUAAGGAGCUUCCAUUUCUGCAGCUCGUUCAAUUGGAAUAGUAUUAGUCUCCCCAUCCCCUUCCCGCCUCAGAAAAUAAGUCCCUUCCCUAAUGCCCCUGAAGGAGAUGUCAUUGUUAAGCAGUCUACCAGUGAUUGCCAUUAGACUGUUUAAUCCUGGUAGUUUUAUGUAGGAUCCAAGGAAUGCUUUCACGUCAUACUCUUAGCCAAAACUGACCUUGCAGGCAUUCCUUGCAAUAUUGUACAAUGAAUGUGAUAGUUAAUGUGAAUAGUCUAGCAGACAGCAAAGGGUAAGCUAAUUGAAUGCCUUGAAAGUAUUGUCCACUGGUCGGAUGGUAGACUCUAUACAGUAUUACUUACAGUUGCACUUGAUUGCAGUUCCAUGAGGCUCUUGUGCAUUCAUACACCUCACCUGCCUUGACAAGCCUAUUUUUGUGACAUGGCAGCACACAACACUAUGCAUUUAAAGCACUUUUUUGUAAUAUGUUUGACCCGCCCCCCCCCCAAAGGAAUGCCAAUUAAGUUGCUGUAACUGUGUCAUCAAAUUAUUGUAGUACCUCAGUUUCAUUCCUGUUACAUGCAUAUCUUUAUAAAUGAAGUAGCUGUUAUGAUGCCUUUUGUUUUCCAUUGAAUGUACACUACUGAACAGGAGUAGAGGUUAUGUGUUCACCAUGUGAGUCUUGAAACACUAAAGUUUUGUAAAACAUCAGUCAUGGUGGCAAUUUCUGUAUUAAAAAGAGCCUUAAAUGGAACAUUGUUUUUUGAGAUCAAAAACAGGCCACGUUGCAAUAAAACUUGUGGCUUAUUACAGAACGUUGCCUUGUUUUCAUUGGAAAAUACAUUUUUUAAGUAUGUUUAAUUUAAGCAUAUUUCAGAUAACUUCUGUGGAAAGUAUUGUAAAGAUAAUCAUUAAUCUCAUCUUAAUGCAAGUUUUUAAUUCCUAAUCAUGAUUUAGGCACUGCUUUACAAUACUUCGUGGCUCUGUUCUGAUCAUUUGAUAAAGGACCUGAUCCUAGUUUACCGUUAAAGAAGCUACCACUACUAGAGACCAUUAGUUCUAUGAAACACUUGUGUCAGAAAUGUAAAAAUACGAAGUAAUUAACCAUGCAGUGUGUUUCGUGCCUGAAUGUUCUUAAAGUUCUACAUGUCAGAGUAAAACUGCACAAAAUCUUGCAGCUCGCUGUCUUUUUCGCUAAGAUGAUGUGUAAUGACAGUUAUGUGAUAUGCAAAUAUGAAUCUGGUAAAUAAUUUUUAUUUCUUGAGUGUGGCAGUUAAGACGGACUCGGUACAAGAAAUUGCCUAAAUGAACCGUUCUACUGUUAGCUUCUAUGUAAAUAGAACUGGAAAGUGUUUGCCACGACCGAGGCUUGCAUCGGGGACGUGUUUUGGCUGGGAGCCAGAUAAUGCUCUCCUUAUAGAGAAUUUGAUCUGCUCUGUGUGAGCAAUCCUCCGUUAGCCAGAGCUAUUUAUGGCAAACACAUGCUUUUGUAUCUUGUCAUCGUUAUCCACAAAUGGCAAAACUGGACAUGAUUCUCCUGGUAUGCAUUAAGGAGCGCUGUUAGGCAGCCACUCGCAGCUGAACUGUACGUGCUACUAGAAGGAAUGCUCUAGCAUUACCUUAUUUUAAAGAGUUGGUAGAGUAGAACUGUGGAGCUUUUAAAUAGGGGCCCUUUAUGUUCAGUCCAUAGCCCUUUUUCAACAAGGAAGUGGAUAAUCAUCAAAAUAUUUUUUUUUUUCUUUUAAAGUAGUUUAAAUAACCUAGUGGUACUGUGUUUAGGCUCUCUUGUCCUGUAGAACUUUAAGACUUUGUUUCAGGCUUCUGGCUAUCCCUGUGACUUGCACACCUCAUUGUGUUAGCUGUUCUAUGUAGACUAAACUUUACUAGAAUUUAACUAAAAAGGCAUGAUGACCACUGACUUACUAAAGUGUAUUAAUGAGUCUUGGUUUUGUUUUGCGAAACUCUCCUUUCAGGUACCUUUUAAGGUUCAGAAGUAACUGAUGGUAUGCAUGUUGUCUAGAUUAAAAAAACCCAAACUUUUUAUUCCUCAAAAUAGUCUCUUUAUUUCUGAUUAUUCACGUUGUGUGCAAAGCCCGGUUUAAUGUAAAGAUCUACUUUGUGCUUUAUGUUUGACUUGAGUUCAGUACAGUAUAAUGAAAUGAUCUUUUAACUGAUUUUCACAAGGUAUAGGUGGUUUCUUUAGAAAAAGCCAAACCUGAAAAUGUUAAAUUUUAAUAAACCAUUUGAAUUUCA